CACCCACUGCAUGUUGAGACCAGCACAUUUUCUUUAGGAUAUAGCGAUCGCAGAGCCUUUCGACGAGCUUUUUUUCCCGACGGGGCGAAUAUGGCGACGCUGGGACCGGAGCCCCGUCCUCAUUCCCACCUGACUUCUGCCGCAUUACAGACGAACCUGAGCGGACAGGGCUCCAACACGAACCUGCCUCUCAGCCGGGGCUUGGAGAGAGCUCUGGAGGAUGCGGCGAACUCUGGAUUUAUGAACCUCAGCUCAAGAAAACUGAAAGAAUUCCCUCGGACAGCAACAAAUUACGACCUAACGGAUACGGUUGAAGCAGAUCUGUCGAAGAAUCGCUUGAUUGACAUCCCGUCAGAGGUGUGUCAUCUGGUCUCCCUGGAAACACUGAAUCUUUAUCACAACUGCAUCAAAGGCAUUCCUGAUACCAUCAUCAGCCUUCAGUCCCUUACCUGCCUAAACAUCAGCCGGAACCAGCUGUCAGUGCUGCCAGCGUGUGUGUGUGGUCUUCCUCUGCGAGUGCUCAACGCCAGCAAUAACAAACUCAACGCACUUCCAGAAAGCAUUGGCCAGCUCACCAAUCUCAUGGAGCUGGACGUAAGCUGUAAUGAAAUCACAGCUCUUCCACGCCACAUUGGCCAACUCAAAGCUCUGAGGGAACUCAAUGUGCACAGAAACCUUCUCUGUGUUCUACCAGAGGAUUUGGCAGAUUUACCCCUGGUCAAGUUUGAUUUCUCCUGUAAUAAGGUUUCUACUAUUCCUGUCUGCUAUCGAAAAAUGACCCAACUCCAAUCACUACAACUGGAGAUCAAUCCACUUCAGAGCCCUCCUGCACAGAUCUGCAUGAAGGGCAAGAUUCAUAUAUUUAAAUACCUCGCCAUGGAGGCGUGUCGUAGUGACAAGAUAGACGAUGCCUUGUACCUUCCUGUCACGGACCGCCUCAGCUUGACAAGGCCGACCAAUGGGAGCACUGAGGACAUUGAUCAGCACAAGAAACUUGACAGUGACUCUGGGGUAGGCAGUGAUAAUGGAGACAAACGCCUUUCUGCCACAGAGCCUUCAGAUGAAGACAGUCUCAGCUUGAAUGUGCCCAUGACCAACAUCACAGAGGAGGAGGGCUUGAGCAAGGAUGACUCCAGUGAACACAUUAGCGCCCUGACAGCAGACAGAAGUCCGUCGGAAUCUCUUAAGGAACAUCUGGGUUAUCGAGACUCUGCACUCAGCUCUCCGUUCGUCAACUAUAUCAAAGGUCGAGGUGCUGACUUCGAUGAGCCCCUGAGGAUAGAGGAAGACACCAACUGGGCUUCAGAACAAACGUCAAAGGUCAAUAUGAUCAAUCAGCUAAAGGAAGCAGUGGAGAUGCUACAGGAUCCUAACAGGGUUAACAUGAACUCGGCUGAUCUCUCUGGUAUUAAGCUUUACCCCGUGGAAAUGGUUACAGUAGACGAGUCGCUCAAUGGCCAAGAGAGUGAUGAGAGCCAAGCGACACCUAAGGCGGCUCCUGGAGAAUGCUGGGAGUUCCAGAGGAAGAGACAGUACAUUCUAGAACGGGCCCGGCUCGAGGCCCAGCUCGCAUGCCAACAGUAUGCCCUGCACAUGGCACAACAGGGCGACGUGAUUGGCCAGGAAGGAUCAUAUGAUAGUUGUGAGAACCAAGUUACCGAGAAUGAAGACAAAACCCCAGUUUCCAGCCCCACACUGAGCUCACCUCCCUUUGGUCUGAAGCCCAGAUCAGCUUCGCCCUCUGUGCCAUGCUCGACUCGGCCCUGUCCCCUCCCACUUACACAGGCCCUGCCCACCGAUAGAGACACGCCCCCUAGCCCAGCUGAAGGAGACAUGCCAAGCAGUGUGUUUUUCAGGACGCAAAAGACUUUGGAAUCAGUGGAUCCUCAGUUCACCAUGAGGAGAAAGAUGGAGCAGCUCAGAGAGGAGCUGGAGCUCACAGAACAACUACGAGAGAGCAUUGAGAGCAGACUGAAAGUAGCUCUUCCUGGAGAUCUGGGCUCCUCUCUCAUGGAUGGGGUCGUGCUUUGUCACUUAGUCAAUCACAUUCAGCCGCGUUCAGUGGCCAGUAUCCACGUACCAUCCCCUGCAGUGCCCAAGCUUAGCAUGGCUAAAUGUCGCAGAAACGUUGAAAACUUUUUGGACGCCUGCAGGAAAAUGGGAGUCCCUCAGGAUAAAUUAUGUCUGCCACAUCAUAUUCUGGAGGAGAAGGGGCUGAUCAAAGUUGGCAUUACUGUCCAAGCUUUGCUGGAUGAGACUUCCACCAACCAGACACUCUUCACAUGAGUCACACACACAAACACACACUAUUCCCUGUGGAUGGACCUCUACCACCAGAUGAUCUUUGAGAAAUUCCCUGGACAACACUGUCCAUUUAUUCUUAUUAUCGUAGCUGAUCCUCAACUGCAGGUAUAUGCUCAUGUUUUUCUAACUUUCUUUACUUUUUUAUUUAGUACUGUUAUGUGAUCACUGUUGCCCAGGCCAUAGUCGUGUAUGCAAAUGUAGCUAAAAAAACUAGCUUAAGAUAUGAAAUUCCUUUAUUUAAUAUACAUAUUUAUUAAGCAGCUAGUUGAGAGAUGCACAAUUCCUGAUUUAUAUAUAUAUAUAUAUAUAGUGCUUAGCAUAAGUGAACACACCCAUUCUAAAGUUGACUAAAAAGAGGAAUAAAAAAUCAUCUUUUAUGGGGUACUUUCCAUAAGAUCAUCUCUCAAUGCAAAUCAAACCAGCUAUUAGGCUAACUGAAAUAAAACCAUGCCAAUCUCUAGGUAUCGGGAAGGGUGUGUGAUGAUGAUGUGGGGCUAUUUUAAUUCCGAAGGCCAAGGGAACUUUAUCAGGAUGCAUAGUAUCCUGGAUCCAUGAAAUAACUGGCCUUUAAAAAUAAAAAUGCCUCUAUGGGAAUUUAACAUAGGGGUGUCCUGACUUAUUGACUGACUGUAUUUUAAGGAAGAACAUUUAUGUAUUUACAAUACAUUAUUCAUUCACAAAGAAAAUUGGUGUCCUUAAAGGUUGGAUUUUUCCUCAUUUUUUUAAUUCAGCCAUUAAGAUCAAUUUCCAAAAGAUGAUUUUGUAUUCCUCUUUGUAGUCAACUUUAGCAUGGGUGUGUUCACUUAUGCUAAGCACUAUAUAUAUUGUGU